GACCUUUACCGACCUUCAAUUUUCUUUACGCUCUAGACGUCUACUGUAUCAUUCCAGAAUUUUUGACAAACAUGCCUUGUCUUGUCAUACAUACAAAUGUUGCAAAACCUGCGUCUACGGAUGCAUUUUUUGAGGAGGCAACGAAAACAGUGGCUUCUUUAACAGGAAAGCCAGCUGCAUAUAUCCAGGUGAGAUUACAAACUGACCAGCAGAUGAGCUUUGGUGGCAGCACGGAACCCACAGCUGAAGUAACCCUGGGCAAUGUGGGCAACAUCAAGACAUCCACAGAAAAAUGUUCAAGUGCAAUUUGUGAACUGUUAAAGAAACAACUUGGAAUACCUUCAAACAGGGUGUAUGUGUUCUUUACCGUGUUCCAAGGCAGCAAUGUUGGAUAUGAUGGCAGAACAUUCUAAAUCCCCUUCACAUUGGAGCUACAUGUAACAGGAGUAGACAAUUUGUUGUGGAGUUUAGUUGUAUGAACACUACUUGUCAAUUAUCAGUCUGCAGGCUAUUUCCUGUUUUUUUUUUUUUUUUUUUUUUGUAAGAUUUCUUAUGCCACAGCUUGCUAGCCAAGCUUAUACAUGGCUUGUGAAAACUUUUGAUUUAAAUUAUGAAUUGAUUCCUUCAUGUUAAAAUGAGAAUCAUUGAACAAAAGAGUGCACCAAGUGACUCAAAUAUCUGUAAAAUUAUUACGAACUUGUAGGUAUUUUAAAGUGUCUGCAAAAGUCAUAUUAAAAUAUGACAUUUAUAUUCUUAUGUAUACUUCAUAUUCCUUGGUAAAACAUGGAUUCUUUUCAAAAGAAAGCGUGCUUAUCAGCCAUUUCAUGUUUUUAAAUGAAGAAAUAAAGAGCUUUAAUUAGAGCAACAA